AAAAACUACAUCACUCAGUUUGUUUGUGCAGGUAGUUCUGCGCCCAGGCAGCAGCGUGGCUCUUCAUACGUUACACACACCUGGACACAGGUCCAAUAGAGGCGAAUGUAAGCUCGGUUUCUCUUGAGUUGAAGGGCGGACGAACAACACCAAUAAACAUGUUUUUUUGAGCUCUUUGCUCCACGCCCAAGGCGACCUUUGCUCCUCUCGAAAAAGCGAGCGUCAGCCCUCUACCUUGGGUUUACAGCUAUACCACACAACAAACCGCAUCCGAAUCGCAUCAGGCAACCACGAGAUCUACAUGUCUGAAAACGGCCCCUCCAGUGGGGCUGCAACACCCACACCAGCAGUCCCUCCCAAAAAAAAAAUCGAGGUCCGCGCCGUUCGGCAGCAGGAGGCACUCUGCGCGAAAGCUGAAUCAAAACAAACGAAGUUUGAAGAGAGGACGGGGCAGUGUAUGGUUGCCGCGUCAGCAGAAGAUAACACGCGGCGUGCUAUCGAACGCGGCAGCCUCACCGUUGUGGAGAGAACGCUGGAGGAAACGAAGGAGGAGUUGGUCACAAUCCCUCCCAAAAAAAAAAUCGAGGUCCGCGCCGUUCGGCAGCAGGAGGCACUCUGCGCGAAAGCUGAAUCAAAACAAACGAAGUUUGAAGAGAGGACGGGGCAGUGUAUGGUUGCCGCGUCAGCAGAAGAUAACACGCGGCGUGCUAUCGAACGCGGCAGCCUCACCGUUGUGGAGAGAACGCUGGAGGAAACGAAGGAGGAGUUGGUCACAAGUAAGAAAAUUGUGGAAGAGAGCCAGGCUCAACCUCGCUGCCGCCGCCGCCGCCGCCGCCGCUGCUGCUGCUGCUGCUGUUUCUUUCAGCAGCAGCAGCGGCGGCGGCAGGUGUCUGCGUGGCUUCACCGCCCGGCUGCUGCUCGGUUGUGUCAUGAGGCAUGUGUUCUAGAGUGGGACCGCGCAAAGGUGUUGUGUUGUGUCCAACAGCAGGGCACAUCAGAGCACACACACGAGCGGCGCCCUCGCGCGUGCGCGUCAGGUGUUUUUAGGUAGCUUUUGGACCGUUCCGUGCAAUUUUACUGGUCAGUCGAUUUUCCAUCAGGAAGAUCCGAGGUCACUUUUUCAAUUUUUUCCUACAGGAAAAUUGAUGCUUUGAC